AUGGAGCUGCUAAUCACAAAUGUGAUUCCGCCACCUGAGAAACUCGAGACCACCGCCAGCGACCAUUCGGGGGGUCCAGGAACCCACGCAGGAACCCACGCAGGAACCCGCGCAGGACCCCAAGGGGGGCGACCGGUAGAAAGGAUACCUUGGGCUGGCGACCCGUGUCAACCCCGGUCCGGCUCGGCUCAAGGCGUCUUGCACAAGACUCCCGAAAGGGACUACCCUUUCGUCGACUAUUCCGCAGGCCCGCCCGGACACCUGGCGCCGAAAGAUCAAGACCACAGAAGAAUCGUCCCGCGAGGAGUGGCACAGAAAGAACCGGUAAGAGUGCUUCAGGGGAGAGUGCCCCAGACGGGAGUGCUUCAGACGAGAGUGCUUCAGGGGGGUGUGGCUCGAAGACAGACGACUGACGUGGUGGGUCGCCAGCGUCGGCCCGACAAGCUGGGGUUGCCCGGUCGGGACAAAGCUGCGUCGGCGGUGCCAAGUCCCAAGACGGCUGCCAGGGGCCAGGCGGCCAGGGGCCAGGCGGCCACGGGCCAGGCGGCCACGGGCCAGGCGGCCACGGGUCACGCGGCCACGGGUCACGCGGCCAUGGGUCACGCGGCUGUUUCUCGAAGCCAGGCGUUCCCAACUACCAACGGCGGUCACGCAGUCGGGUUCAAUGCCUCUCGGUCCCCAAGUUGUGGCAGAUCACCGCGUCCAUUACCUUCACCCGUGUCUCCGGCAAACGCCCUACCUGUAUCAGCGUAUUGGUCGCCCGUACCCCCACUUGCGCCCGCAGGACUCCCGUCUCCAGGAGUUCCACCCGUAGGACUUCCGUCCCCAGCCCUUCCGCUGCUUCCUGGACAACAGGGAGUUCUCUUGACGACGCCCGAGUAUGUGCAAUCGGAGCAUGUGCAGUCGGAGCAUGUCCAGUCGGAGUACGUGCAGCCGGAGUAUGUGCAGCGGGGAUACGCGCAGUCCGGAUAUGUGCCGGUGGACUAUGUACCGUCAGAGUAUGUGAGAUCGCCGCACUACGUGGUGUCGCCCGAGUAUGUGCAGUCCCCCCCCCAGUACGGAAGGUCCCCCCAGUACCUGCAGUCACCCCAGCAGUACCAUCACAGCGGUUACUCGGCGUUCCCGUUGUACGCUGCGAACGGCGGCUUCGAGGACGAGACCGUUGUCUCCUCGUACGCGGUUUCGACACAAUUUCCGCCUCAGGAUGCCGGACUUCGCUCCCCACCGUCGCCCCCCCGCUUCUCUCCGAGUCGAGUACGGCCCGCGGACGACCUGCUGCCUCCAACCCCGACCCCCCCAACACCGUACACAAAAGAACCCAUCUUCCACCGCGACCCUUUUCUGCUCCCGAACUCCUAG